AUGGCAAGUACCACCGUUGACUUCCUGGUGCUGCGACUCGACCUUGACACGCUUCUCGGAUUGUCUCCCACAUCUCCAUAUGGAAACAAGAUCAAACUCACCCUCGCGGAGAAGGGACUACCUUACACUGUGAAACCAACUCUACCCUUUGCAAUCACGGUCUCACCAAAAGCUGAAGUACCCUACAUCGAGGAUGGACAAGUAGUCUUGACCGAGUCUCGAAUCAUCUGCGAGUACUUGGAAGACAAGUAUCCUGAACACAAGAUGUUGCCAUCUGAUCCAAUGGAGAAGGCUAAACUGAGAGCCAUUAUUGAUGUAGUGGAUUCACUUGUAGAAGGUAUCAACUGGGGUUUGGCUGAAAUCCACUUCUGGCAAAGAGCUGGCCCGGAUGGACCACUUCGAGAAACAAUCCUGGCCAACGCCAAGUCCCAAACCGAGAACUACAUGAAGUGGCUAUCUACUCAGCUGGGCGACAAGCAAUGGUUUGGAGGAGACAUGUUCUCAUUGGCCGAUACUGCUGUUGCCAGUCAUAUGGUCAACACCGAAAUCUUUGCUCUCACACCAGACGCAUCUACUCCUAUUGGGAAGUGGUGGGAACGUGCCAAACAACGUAAAAGUGUCGCAGCUUUACUAGCUGAAAAAGAACACGAGAACGGGGGUGUUGGGCCCGCUUCUGAUAAUGCCAAAGCUGCUCGAGAAAUGUUGUACGAAAAGAAGAUGUUCAAACGCCAAUAUCGUGACCAUAGACUCGAAUGGAUGGUUCGAUCUGGGGGAAUCAGUAUCGUUGACGAAGGAGUCAAGGCUGGUAACAUUCGGUUUACAGAGGAUGACAAGUUUGGUGCAGCCGGACCAAUGUGA